UAAGGAAAGGGGUGUGAAAAUCCGGGUAGUUUAUAUCAUUCUGAUUAACUGAAUAUUCAUUUCCUUAAAACCUGGAUAAAAGAUAAAAUCUUGAUAACAAGGAGGGAACACCCACUUAUGGGAGAAAAAAAAAAGUCUCACCACCACAGAAUAGACAGUGAAUGCUUCUGGCAGUAAGUUCCUUCAUACUUCUUGCUGCAACACUUUCAGUUUCAUAUCUAGUUUCAAGCCUAGGUCAAGGAAGAGAGUGGUAUUAGGCCCUAGUUAACCAAAACUAAAACUUGUCAAUUCCCAGACAUGGAUCACAUGACAGGUUAAUCAACAAAUAUAAACUAGAUUGUUUUGUUUGGACUUGUGUUUUCUAUUGGUCUGUCUGAAUUUUUUUAUAUGGUUUUCAUGUUCCCCAUUUCAGCACAUUAUCACUACAAUGCAAUCAAAUUCUUGUGGAUACAACCUCUUUCCGUUCAUUUCAAGAGAAAUUUUUGCAAAUUUGAGAAAAUACCAAUUGAAAGUUUUGCCAGGUUGAGAGAAAUACUAAUUGGAAUGAAAUACUUUCUGUUAUUGUGAAUUACAGUGGCUGCUAUUACCGAUGCAAAUUGGCAAUCCCUUGUACUUGAAUCUGAUUCUGCUGUUCUGGUUGAAUUCUGGGCUCCAUGGUGUGGUCCCUGCCGAAUGAUUCACCCUAUAAUUGAUGAGCUUGCAAAGCAAUAUACUGGGAAGCUCAAAUGUUACAAACUCAACACUGAUGAGAGCCCUUCAACUGCAACUCGUUAUGGAAUUCGAAGCAUUCCCACUGUUAUGAUUUUCAAGAAUGGUGAGAAGAAAGAUACAGUUAUUGGUGCUGUGCCCAAGUCAACGUUGACCACAAGCAUAGAAAAAUUCGUUUGAGGUGGUAAGUAUAAGAGGCCAUUGCUACAACAAAAGCUGUUUUUCCCUAUAAGCUCCUUUUGUUCUUAGCCUCGUCUCUCAAGUUUCGAUAAUUUGAUUACUCAAAUACUCAUUUACGCUUCUGUACAGUUAUUGGAUGCAACCUUAUUUUCGGUUUUUUAGAUUAUUCUAGUUACCCAUAUGAUAAGUGAAUUUGCCAUUGAAUCAUGGAACGAUUUGAAUUGAGUUUUCAUAUUUUUCUGCUUCUGUUUC